AUGGUAGUAGCAGAAGAACAGGUGGAAAUCGACGUACUAUUGAAUCGAAAAAGUAACUCGAAGAAGCAGAAAACUCGAGCCCGAUCCGCCGAAGUAGCCCGUAAUACAGAGCCCGCUCAAUUUUCCGGGCGGACAGAACAAAUCAAUUCUUGUACUACUUCACCAGGAAUCAUAACUUCAAUUUUCGAUUACUCGGUUGAAAAUCACUUCAAAGCCGUUGAUACGAUAUCCAGACUCUGUGGAGACCCAGAAAUAAUUGGUUCUAAUCAAACCGAAAUCCAACGAUUCUCCAAUGCUAUUACAUUCUUAAGAGAAUGGAGGCAUUUUUCUUACCCUCCAAGGACCAUAAAGUUUGCUUGUCAAAAAGAGAGUAAUAGUUCCAAGGGAAAAGAUGUAAUAGGUGGGAUUACCUUGCCUCAGUUUUCUGCUGCUACCGUUCCUAAGGAGGCACAGAAUGGGGGAAUGGUUUUAGGUUCUGAAUCUAGCAAAGACUUUGUAAUGUAUGUUGGAGGCAGAGUCUGGGCAGUAGACUGGUGCCCUCGAGUUAACCGCAGUUCUCUCAAUCCCAUUAAAUCUGAGUUCGUCGCUGUUGCUGCUCAUCCACCUGAAUCUUCAUAUCACAAGAUCGGUGUCCCUUUAACUGGCAGGGGUGUCAUCCAGAUAUGGUGUUUGCUCAAUAUCUGUUCAGAAGAAGAUGUACCUUCUCAAGUGAAUAAAAAGCGAAAAUUGGGAACCAAGAAAAAGGAAAAGGAGUCUGUUAAGGCCAACGAAUCAAUAAAACUGCAAAGGCCAAGAGGGAGACCAAGAAAGAAACCUAUAAAUGAAAAUGUGGAGAAGAUGGACUCAGAUAGCCAUUAUUUGCAAUCUCUUGCAAUUGAAUACCCUGAAGAUUCAUCUGGAUUACAACCUGUACAGAGGGCUUCUGCAAAUACAAAUGAACAAGUUGUCAGUGAAGACUCUAGGACAGAACUUGAUGAUUCAGUAAAUGCAGAUGCAUUAUUGAUGGCUUCUCAGGUGAAUAAAGAAAAGGAAACAGUUAAAUCCAAUAAAUCAACACGACCACAGAGGCCGAGAGGGAGACCACGAAAGAAACCUUUAAAUGAACCUGUGGAGAAGAUUGAUUCAGAGAGCCAAUACGUGCAACCUCUUGCAAUUGAAUACCCUGAAGAUUCAUCCAUAUUACAUUCUAUAGAGAGGGCUUCUGCAAAGCCAAAUGAACAAGUUGUCAGAGAAGACUCUAGAACAAAACUUGAUGAUUCAGUAAAUGAAGAUGCAUUAUUGAUGGCUUCUCAGUUGAAUAAAGAAAAGGAAACACUUAAGGCCAGUGAUUCAACAAAACCUGAAAGGCUAAGAAGGAGACCACGAAAGAAACCUGUAAAUGUACCUGUGGAGAAGAUUGAUUCAGAUAGCCAAUAUGUGCAACCUCUUGCAAUUGAGUACCCUGAAGAUCCAUCUAGAUUACAUUCUGUAGAGAUGGAUUCUGCAAAUAUAAAUGAGCAAAUUGUCAAUGGAGACUCUAGAACAAAAUUUGUCGAUUCAGUAAAUGCAGAUGCAUUAUUGUUGGCUUCUCAGGUGAAUAAAAAGCCAAAAUUGGGUAUCAAUAAAAAGGAAACAGUCAAGGCCAACAAAUCAACAAAAUUGCAAAGGCCAAGAGGAAGAUCAAGAAAGGAAUCUACAAAUGAACCUGUGGAGGAGAUUGAACAUGAUGAUUCAGUAAAUGCAGAUGCAUUAUUAUUGGCAGCUUCAAAAGGAACAGACAGCAGAAAGAAAAUAGUUCGGGUUCACAGUAAUGUUCCACAUUUCCAUGAACAAGAUGAACAUGUAGCAUCUUCCCUUUCAAAUCUCCAAGGAUCUGCGAGCGGCAGUCUUGAUUCCCUGAGGCCCAGCAAGAAUAUCGCCUAUAUCAAUCCGUGUGAUACCAAUACUUCUAGCUGGUAUGUGCCCAACGAUGUUGCAUUGCCUAGAAUGAUGUUAUGUUUAGCUCAUAAUGGAAAAGUUGCAUGGGAUGUGAAGUGGCGACCAAAUAGUGCUCAUGACUCUGAAUCCAUGCACAGAAUGGGCUAUCUUGCUGUCUUGCUUGGAAAUGGAGCACUAGAAGUGUGGGAGGUUCCUUUUCCUCGCACAAUUGAACUAAUAUAUCCUGCUUGCCAAAAAGAGGGUACUGAUCCUCGCUUCAUCAAACUGGCACCAGUAUUCAGAUGUUCAAUGCUGAAGUGUGGUGAUAGGCAAAGUAUUCCUUUAACUGUGGAGUGGUCUACAUCCUCUCUGCAUGAUAUGAUUCUGGCUGGAUGUCAUGAUGGAGUGGUUGCCUUGUGGAAAUUUUCAACAACUGGAUCAUCAACAGACACCAGGCCGCUGCUCUGCUUCAGCGCGGAUACAGUUCCUAUUAGGGCUCUUGCUUGGGCUCCAGUUCAAAGUGAUUCUGAGGGCGCGAAUGUUGUUGUCACUGCUGGUCAUAAAGGCUUAAAGUUUUGGGACAUACGUGACCCAUUCCAUCCCUUGUGGGACCUUAAUCCUGUUCAGGGGGUGAUUUAUAGUUUGGAUUGGCUGCCAGAUCCAAGAUGUAUUAUAGGAUCCGGUGAUGAUGGAUCAAUAUGGAUCCUCAGCUUAGUGAAGGCUGCACAAGAUAUCCCAGUUACUGGAAAACCUUUUUCUGGAACACAGAGACAAGGAUUGCACAGUUAUCACUGUGCCUCAUUUCCAAUAUGGAGUAUUCAAGUGUCUCGGCUAACAGGUAUGGUUGCUUAUUGUGGUGAGGAUGGAACUGCCCUUCGUUUCCAGCUGACGACUAGGGCAGUGGAGAAAGAUCCUUUGCGAAAUCGGCCCUUUCAUUUUCUCUCUGGAUCAUUGAUAGAAGAGGAAUCUAUUCUUACUGUGGUUAGUCCAUUGACCAACACUCCGGUCCUGAUGAAGAAGUCUCUCGGUGUGUCAGCUGAUGAUGUCCCAAGAAUUAAAAGUGGGUCCUCGGCUGUAAUAAAUCAGGAGAAAGGAGCAAAGGAGCAAACGGCCAUAUGUGAAGCUUCGGAUGAAAAAACUCUAGCUCUGUGCUAUGGAAAUGAUCUGGGAACUGAACUUGAAUCCAACGACCCAUGCACCAUUGUACAGAAGAGUAAGCCAGCACCGAAAUCAAAAAAGAGCGAUAAGAAUAAGUUGAAAGCCAAUCAACAAGCUCAAAUAUCUGGAGAUGACGUGGGAAAUUUCCUGGGGGAAGGAAGUGACGAAGGUCAAAUUCGGCGUGAGAUCGAGGUUUUCCCUCCCAAAAAUGUGGCCAUGCAUAAAGUGAGGUGGAAUAUGAACAAAGGCAGUGAGAGGUGGCUCUGCUAUGGAGGGGCUGCUGGUUUGGUAAGAUGUCAAAAGGUCGACAUGUCUACUUAG